AUGGCGACCGGCAAACUUCAUCAAUCACGGGGGAGAUCCUGUGAGGAAUGCAACCGCAAAAAGGCGAAAUGCGACAAGAAAUCUCCCAAAUGUCACCGGUGCCAACAAUCAGGCUCUCGGUGCGUAUACCCUACGCAUCGCAAGCGCACGACGCUGGAGACGAAAUAUCAAAGCCUCCGACGAAAACUAAUGGAGUCAAACCAAGGGGACGAAUUAGAAGGGUUGCUAGAUAACGUCGACCUCAACGUCUUACGUGGCGCUCUCCGGCGCCGCGAGCAUCAGGCACCAACCACGACGACAGAGUCUGGAUCGUCACCUUCUGACAAGAACGCGACCAUGGAGGCUCAAGGGAAUGCGGAUUAUCAGCUGCAGCAACCCCAGGAUAUGUCACUGUCGAUAUCCUCGCUACCGCUGUCGAUGGUGGCAGAUGCACACAAUCCCCCAACCGUUUUGUCCCAAAACGACGGCUCUGUGCUCGAACACUUACAGGUCGAGGUUCAAGAUAGCAGCCCGUCACACGAUCCUAGUGGCUGGUUUUCGAACAUGACCUUCAGUCCCUUCACGGACAGUUAUGGGAUGUUUAGUCUCCUCAAUUCGACCGAGCGCUACGGCGACGCCUGGUCGGGUUCUGCACCCAGUCUCUCAGAAGACCUGAACCUCACAGACAGGAGUCCCUAUACCCUUGCAUAUCCGCCUGCCCUGAUAGACGAGCUAAUCGACCUCUUCUUUUUACGCUUACAACUCUCUAUCCCCAUUUUUCACGAACCUCGAUUCCGCCAAAAGUUUCAUGUCGACAGCACCAACAACGACAGAUACGCACGGCUGUCAAUUGAGGACGCCUUGAUUUUGACCGCCAUGAUGGCCCUGUCGGCUAGGUUCUCGACCAAUGAAUUUUUCCCUUCGACCUGCGCGUCCAAGGAUAAAGGCAAGGUUUUCGCCCGGAAAGCCAACGCACUGUAUGCGGAGGCGCUCCAGAGCGACGAGCGCGGCGGUUGCGACGAUGGGAACGAAAUCUCGCUGGGGUACCUGCAAGGGUGCAUCCUCCUGGCGUUCUACGAGCAGACUAACAGAAUCACGACACAGAGCUGGCUCCUGAUCGGUACUUGUUGUCGACUUGCGAUCGACCUGGGGCUCAACGAACUGGAUAGGGACGUCUUCAUCCCCGACGAAGCAGCAACAUCAUCCACAGCACCUCCCGCCGAGAAGCACACCCAGCGCCAGCAGCAGCAGCAACAGUACGAAGCCGCCAAGGAGUCCUGGGUGCAGAAAGAGGAGAAGCGACGGGCGUGGUGGCUGGUGUGGGAACUGGACGUGUUCGCGGCGACGAUCCUGCGGCGGCCGCACUCGAUCAACAAGGACCAGAUGAACGUGCUGCUGCCCGUGUCGGACGCGACGUGGUUCUCCGAGAUGCCGACCGAGUCGAUUCUGCUGCGUACCGACUUCCUGCACGAGUGGCAGACGCUGGAGAGCUGCCCGACGGCGGAUGAGCGGGCGUGGUUCCUGGUCACGACGCUGCUCAUGGCGCGGGCGGCUGACCUCGCAGCUCCCGAGAACACCUUCACUCUGCAGGACGUUGUCAACUUCGGGUCGACCUUGAACUGCUUCGCCCUGCUCCUCCCUCAGGGCUUCCAACUGGACAUUGUGCGUACCCCGUUUACCGAGGCGAACAUUGGGGCAAAUAACUGGGCGCUUCUCACGGUCUUUAUGCUCCACACUGCACGGGUCCUCGUCCGCAAUGCGCAGUACAUCAAAUCCCAGAGUGGGAUGCAGAACUCGGCUGUCGUGGCCUCAUUGCCCACGGGCCCGCACAACGAUACCUACCUCGUCUUCCGCGCCAUGGAGGCCUGGCCGCCCGAAUACCUGAUCUACGCCUGUCCUUUCGUCUCAUGCACCAUCGUCGGUCCGGCCUUUGACAAUAUCCGGGCGGCACUCCUGUUCGAGCCGGGCGGCCAUGGAAACUACCUGUCCAUGCUGAAGCUCAUUCUCAAGAGGAUUGGGGCCUUUUGGGGCAUUGGGGAGAGUGCACUAAGACUGGUUGAGAUCUUCGAACACGAAAUCAAAGCCAAUGGCUCGUUCCGCCAACAGGCGUUUCAGAAGUAUGCAAAGGACUUUUCGCUGCUGGUUGUUGAUCCGGCGAGGAAUGCGUGA